UAUUAUAUUAUUGAGAUGAUGGCUCAUUUCGAUUCUGCAUAUUUUCAAUAUGGCUUAAUCUUAUGCCUAAAAAAUUUAAAAAAAAAUUAUGAUAUGUGAACAGAAACGAAUGUGUGAGGAAUAUUUCAGUUUUAUUUCAGUUUGACUUGAAGCAGGAAUUUCUUCUCGCAGCCAUGGCUAUACGUAUUUCUGUCCUUCUUCUACUAGCAUUCCUGCUUACCAUCAUUACAGCCUUUGAGACAGAGGGAGGUGGUGGUGCUAUGUAUCACAAGGUGUUGAAAAGUGGAGAGAAAGUCAGGUUUAUCACCCCAAACAAAGAUGCUAACUAUGUCACUUGUGCUGAACCAGCUUUUCAAUGCUGCCAAGGGGCGCAAGGAUUGAUGUCAGAAAUUAUAUCCGCUAAAUGCUUGAGAGGAGAUGGUUUGCCAGGUAUUUGUUGCAAUUCUAACGGCAUCACAACUGCCGAAGUUAUGUUCUCCAAUGGGUCUAUGGUGAAAGUUAUCCUAAACGAACCUCCCAAUGUGGAGAAGGCUAAAUUUGACUCAAUUGCUGACGAAAUUGAAAGAAACAGAGAGAAGAACGUAGGAAAUAAAUGAUAGAAGAAACUUUAUUGUGAUUUCAAUGUUUUUAUACUUUUGUCUGAAAUAUCUUGUGUAUGUUUUCAUUCAUUUUUAGUCAAUAAAUUCAAUGAAGAUGAAA